AUGUUUGCUGCUGCAAGGCGUGAUUUCAGCAAUAAUGGAAAGAUUCGAGGUGCUUGGUUAGCGUUUCGACGUGCUGCAAAUGUUGCUCAGAUGCUCGGACUCCAUCGUGAAAUUCCAGCUCUAGCUAGAACCACUGAGUUUGGACGCCGAGCUAAGUUAAUCUGGAGAAGCAUCAUCGGUGUUGACGUUAAAUUUUCUCUCCUUCUGGGCGUGCAUGGAGCAAUCUCCAGUACUGCUGAAGGUCUUGAAGUCCAACAGAUCCCACUUGUCAGAGUAGCCAAUUUAAUUGUCGAGCGGAAUCAGACUUUCACGAAAGUUACACCAGCCAUGAUCAGAAAGACACAAGAGAUCGACGAAAUACUUGCACUGAUUUUACCUCCCGAGCUUCAAUCACCUGAUGGACUACCUGAAGGCAAAUGCCAUGAACGAUUCUACUGUUUCCAGUUGCUCCACUGCCGCUUAACAUACUAUCAACACAAAGCUUGGUUACACCUGCCUCUCUUGUUGGACGCGAGUGCUGAAAACCCACAUCUUUAUCAUCGACGAGCCUGUCUCGAAGCCUGCCGCCAUCUUAUAGAUUGCUAUAUAAAUCUCCGACUCGUCACUCAAAAUGGAUGCGACUCAAAGAUUUUUGACUUCGAAGCCUUCACAGCAGCAAUGACAAUUGUCAUCAAUUCAGUCGGGCCUUUCGGCCAACGAGAUAUCGAGCAAGACGGGUGGGAUGCCCUUGAAAGUGUCGUGGCUGUCCUAGAGCGAUUAUACAAAACGCUAGAGCGACUAUCAAAAGCGGUCCCUCCAGAUGAUGUUGCUAGUCGGGCUUUGAAUGUUCUUUUAACUCUUCGAGGAAUCUCCGAGGGAAGAGAAUUUCCUGAACUUGCGGUACCGAGUGAAUCUCCGGAUGAUCUUGGUCGACCUAGUCGCAUCCAGCUUGAUCUUCCGUAUUUCGGUACAAUUUUUCUUGAGCGUCGCACCUGGGCCGAGAAAACAACCCAAUCUCGGCACUUCCCCUGCAAUCUUAACAACACUUUCCAUAUUCCGUCACCUACCGUGAGCGAUACAACUCCUGGGGUAUAUGCUCCGCCAAAUUCGUGGAUCAAUACGAUUUUGGACCCACGGUAUGCACGCGAUCAGGUUCCGAAAACCGCGCAGUGGGCAGGUCCCGACAUGGCAUAUGACCCACCUGCUGAGUUUUGGGCUAUGAACGCCGACUUCACAUUCCAACUGCAACCUCCAUAUCUCAAUGAGUUCGAUAUCGACUGGAGCAAUUGUGAUUUUGGGUUGCUUUGA